AACGUGACUCACUGAGCUGAAAUACUUCCGGGUGAGAGGUCGCACUGCACAUGUGAGAAGAGAAGAAAACAGUUAAGGUGUGGAGGAAAACAGAAGAUCAUUUCCAGGUACUGAGACCAGCGUCAGGAGGAAACAGCUCACGAUGGAGAAGAUGGAGAAGAAGCAGAGGAAGCACCAGCAAAAGCACAGUGGACCAAAAGCCCAGAAGAAGAAGCUGAAGAACCAGGAAGUGUCAACAGAGGAUGAUGCACGGAAACGGAACCCCAAAGCGUUUGCAGUCCAGUCGGCGGUCCGCAUGGCCAGAUCCUUCCACAGGGCUCAAGACAUAAAAGCCAAAAAACACCACAUCCCUGUGGUGGACCGAACCCCACUAGAACCUCCUCCAGUUGUGAUUGUAGUUGUCGGACCCCCCAAGGUGGGAAAGAGCACCCUGAUCCGCUGUCUGAUCAAGAACUUCACCCGGCAGAAGCUCAGGGACAUCUGUGGACCGGUCACCAUUGUUUCUGGCAAGAAGCGUCGUCUGACCUUCAUGGAGUGUAACAACGACAUCAACACCAUGAUCGACCUCGCCAAAGUUGCUGACCUCGUCCUGAUGCUGAUCGAUGCCAGCUUUGGAUUUGAGAUGGAGACCUUUGAGUUUCUCAACAUUUGUCAGGUUCAUGGUUUCCCUCGUAUCAUGGGGGUCUUAACUCACCUGGAUUCUUUCAAGAACAACAAGGCGCUAAGGAAGACCAAGAAGAAGCUUAAGCAUCGCUUUUGGACUGAGGUGUACCAGGGGGCCAAGCUCUUCUACCUGUCAGGAAUGGUGUACGGUGAGUACCAGAGCCAGGAGGUGAAGAACCUGGGCCGCUUCAUCUCUGUCAUGAAGUUUCGUCCCCUGGUGUGGCAGACGUCUCACCCUUAUGUCCUGGCUGACCGUAUGGAAGACUUGACAGACCCUGAGAAGGUCAGGACAGACCCCAAGUGUGACCGCACUGUGUCUCUGUACGGCUAUCUGAGAGGGACACACUUAAAAAACAAAGGCCAGGUCCAUGUCCCAGGUGUAGGGGACUUCCAGGUGAAUGAUGUGAACUUCCUGCCAGACCCGUGUCCCCUGCCAGAUGCUCAGAAGAAGAGAGCGCUGAAUGAGAAGGAGCGUCUCCUCUAUGCUCCCAUGGCGGGGGUGGGGGGCCUGGUGUACGACAAAGACGCUGUUUACAUCGACCUUCCUGCCAACCAUGUUGCUCAGCAGCAGGAGGAAGUUCGGCCCACUACAGAGCUGGUCCAGUCCCUCAUUGACACACACGCCACUCUGGAUGCCAAGAUGGCCGCCAGCAAGGUGUCUCUGUUUAGUGGCUCAGCCACCCUGGACCCGGCAGACAUCCGCGAUGAGACCAGAGGUCUGGAAGGACGUGAGGAGAAGCUGGUUUGGGAUUCCAACACCCAGAAGGAGCGGAGGAAGGUGGUCUUCACUGGAGAAGAGGAGGAGGAGGAAAGCGGGACCAGUGAUGAUGAGGAAGACGAUGGUGAACAGAGCGACCAGGCAGAACAUGAAGAAGAAGAUGAUGGUGAUUUGUCUGCAUUCCUCAAAGAGGAGACAGCUGAAAGUGGCGGACCACCAACAAAGAAACAGAGGGUGGAGGAGAGGAGAGGAGAGGAAGACUGGGUCGCUGAGGUUCCAGCCUUCGCUGACAGUGAAGAUGAGCUGGAAGUAAGCGAAGAAGAGGAGGAAGAGGCUGGGAGAGGAGGAGACUCCGGACACAGCUCUGCAGAGAGUGAUGAUGAUGAAGACUGGGAAGAUGAGGGCAGUGAAGCUGAAGAUGUGAUGAAGAAACAAAAAGCGAGAGAUGAGAGUGAAGAAGAGGAGGAGGAGGGAGCUCUCAGAUGGAAGGAGGGUCUCCAGCAGAAAGCAGCAGAGGCGUUUCUACGGCAACAAGAAGCUGCUCCCAAUCUGAGGAAGCUGGUUUAUGGUUCAGUUGUCGAGGCAGAUGAUUCUGAGGAUGAGGAGGAAGAACUGGGAGGUUUGUUCCGGGUCAGCCGCCCUCAGAAGAGUAAAAGAUCUCAGUGGAACGCCGUAGAUUGUUCCCGAUUCAUCCCAGACACCUCCCACAACUGGGAUACGGAGGAGAUGCUGGACUCCAUCAGGGACUGCUUUGUGACCGGGAAGUGGGAGGAAGACCAGGAUGCAGCCACGCUCCUGAAGGACGACGAGGACGUUUAUGGUGACUUUGAAGAUCUGGAAACAGGAGAAGUCCACAGGAGUCAGACAGGACAUCAGAAGGAGGAGGAGGAGGAGGAGGAGGAUGAAGAGAAGGAUGAGGAUGAAGAGGCGGAGGUGAAGGUGGAUGAUGAGGAGCUUCAGAAGAAGAAGCGUUUGGAGAAGAAGCGCAGGCUGAAGGAGAGGUUUGAUGCCGAGUACGAUGACGGUGAUGCGACGUACUUUGAUGACCUGAAGGAGGAGAUGCAGAAGCAGGCGGAGCUGAACAGAGCGGAGUUUGAAGACAUGGAUGAUGAGAUCAGAGUCCAGUACGAAGGCUUCCGGCCGGGAAUGUACGUCCGAGUGGAAAUUUCCUCUCUGCCCUGUGAGUUUGUCACCAACUUCGACCCCCACUACCCCGUCAUCCUCGGGGGUCUGGGCUCCAGCGAAGGAAACGUUGGAUAUGUUCAGAUGCGACUGAAGAAGCACCGGUGGUUCAACCGCAUCCUGAAGACCAGGGACCCACUCAUCCUGUCCUUAGGCUGGCGGCGCUUCCAGACCAUCCCACUGUACCACAUCGAGGAUCAUAACGGACGUCACCGCCUCCUCAAAUACACGCCUCAGCACAUGCACUGUGGGGCCUCGAUCUGGGGUCCCAUCACCCCACAGGGAACCGGAUUCCUGGCUGUGCAGUCGGUCACAGGAACUAAAGCCAGUUUUCGCAUCGCAGCCACCGGCGUGGUCCUGGAUCUGGAUAAAUCUGUGACUGUGGUGAAGAAGCUAAAACUGAUUGGAUACCCCUACAAGAUCUUUAAGAACACCUCCUUCAUUAAGGGGAUGUUCGGCACGGUGCUGGAGGUGGCCAAGUUUGAAGGUGCCUCCGUACGAACGGUGUCCGGGAUCAGAGGUCAGAUCAAGAAGGCGCUGUCCACUCCACCAGGAGCUUACAGAGCCACAUUCGAGGACCGCCUGCUAAUGAGUGACAUUGUGUUCCUGCGCUCCUGGUAUCCAGUAUCUGUUCCUCAGCUCUACAACCCUGUCACGUCUCUGUUGCUGCCCGUCGGCCAGAAGGACGGCUGGUCCGGGAUGAGGACCCUGGGUCAGCUCAAACAGGACCUCAACAUCCGCAAUAAGCCUGACACCGACUCCCUGUACAAGCCGGUGGUCCGAGCCCCGAGACAUUUCAACCGCCUCCACAUCCCCAAGGAGCUCCAGAAGGCCCUGCCCUUCAAGAGCAAACCCAAACAGCAGCAACCCAAAAGAAAGACGCCCAGAGACCUGCAGAGGCCCAGCGUGAUCCGAGAGCCCCACGAAAGGAAGGUGGCUGCCCUGCUGCAUGCUCUGAGUACAGUCCACAGUUACAAGAAGAAGAAGGCCUACACAGCUCAGCACGCCCGACACAAGGAGUUCCUCCAGCAGAAGGAGAAGCAGGAGGAGGCAAAGCUGAAGAGACAAAAGGAGGCCAAGAAAAAGCUGUACCGGGUCAUGGGCCAGACGGACCAGAAGAAGCAGAGGUCCAGCCUGAAGGGGGCGUCAAACAAUGACUAGUUCACUGUAUCUGGACUCAUGAGUCCGACUCCUGCAGCAUCCGAACCGGGACACUUGGUGCUCUGCUGCAGACCUAUGACAGACCAUUUUUAUGGUAUUUUUCCACAGAACUGAAAACGUACUUUAUGUUUGGAACUUGUUUCAAUAAAAUACUAUAAUGACUUGAAAA